AAUCAACUACACAUUGACUAUGGACACUGCAGCAAUCACUGGCGGCUUAUCACCAGCUGUUGACGAUGCCAUUGACGAAAGCGGACAACCUCUCAGCGAAUGGAACCCGCCUUCCGGUAUUAUUGAGCAGUAUUACUUUGACGGUGCCCCGAUUACAAAAGAUCAAGUCCAGUCCAUGAUAAAACACUCCAAAAUAAGAGAAUACAAAGGGCACAAGGAAAAGGUGCACACCGUCGCUUGGAACAGUGACGGACGUAAACUGGCUUCGGGAUCGGUCGAUAAAACAGCACGCGUUUGGACUCCCCAUCGAGGUACCGAUAUUCGCUAUUCCAUUGAACUCAAAGGACACACCGAUAGUGUCGACCAGCUGGACUGGGAUCCGACCCAUCCCGAUCGAUUAGCAACCGCAUCGUGUGACAAAACUGUGAGAAUAUGGGAUCAGCGCUCUGGUAAAUGUACGGCGGUGGUGCAAACGGGAGGAGAAAACAUCAAUAUAUGCUGGAGUCCGGAUGGCAAUCAUAUCGCUGUAGGCGACAAGAAUGAUACCAUCAGUAUCAUUGACACUCGAACAAAUACAACUGUGAAGACACAAAAACACAACGUAGAGGUGAAUGAAAUCGCGUGGAACAAUGCAAACAAUCUAUUUUUCGUGACGACCGGACAAGGCACCGUCAAAACAUACGAAUAUCCUUCGCUAAAACUGCUACAAUCGUUACGAGGCCAUACCGCCAAUUGCUAUUGCGUAGAAGCCGACCCAACUGGAAAGUACCUUGCUGUAGGAUCGGCUGAUGCACUGGUGACGUUGUGGGAUACAAAGACGUUUACAUGUCAGCGAGCAUUCUCGGAACUCACAUGGCCUGUGCGUACGUUGAGUUUCAGUUAUGAUGGUCAAUUUAUUGCGUCGGCGUCAGAAGACAAUUUUAUCGAUAUUUCACACGUGGAAAGCAAUGUCUCUGUACACCACAUCGAAUGCUCGGCGGCCAUGAAUACUGUAGCAUGGCACCCUCGCGACUAUUAUCUGGCAUACGCAGGAGAUGAAAUGACAUUAGAUGGAAAAUUUGCGGGCAAUCUAAAGAUUUUCAGCAUGAAAGAUCCACGACACUACUAAAUUAAAAACCAUCUUAUUGUUCAUCGUUUUCACUGCAU